GCUCCGCGGUUCGAGGGCCACCACGACUAUUUGUGCGACGACAGCUCCAAGGACUACGCGACGUGGGAAAACUGCCUGCCAAUCAGUACGAACUUCGACGUGGAAGACUGUGCAGGUGCCGACCGCCUUGACAUGCUGUCCACGAUGCGGCAGCCGUGUCAGGCCAGUGUGCUGCACAUGCUGCUGGUCGAUGUGUACGCUGAGCUGGACCGUGCUGGAGGCGAACCUGCUCUUGUGUUCGGCACGCUACUGGGAGCUGUUAGGGACGGAGGCAUCAUCCCGUUCACGGAAGACGCAGAUAUCGGCUACCAGGUGCAGGACGAACCCAUGGCCAUUGUACGCCGACGACUGCAGGAGAGAGGGUACCAUGUCUUCAUGGACAGUGUUUGGCGAGUCUGCGUGGCACCGACGCACCCGUUGGCCGAUCGACUGUAUGAUCCCAUGUUGGAAGCUCCGAUCGAGUCGUGCACAGGGCCGUAUCUUGACUUGUAUCGGAUCGAACCAGACCCCAAAGUAGCGGAUCACUGGAAUAUCGAGCGCUCACAUAGGAGGAAUGAUAGCAUUCCGGUUGAUAAAAUCCUACCGUACUCGAAGGUGAAGUUGAACGGCGUUGAGUACGAUACGGUGGCUGACCCCGUCGACUUCUUGAGGGAGGAGUACGGCGCGUCGUACACGAGACCG